AUGGAAAGCCAGAUAUUCGAAAAUAAUAAAGCCACUGGCAGGGUGGGAGUUAGCAUGAGCUCCGCGGAUGAAGCGACGAAUCAGGACCAGGCCGACAUGGCUCGUCUUGGAAAAGACCAGCAAUUCAAGGCGAAGAAACUUCCGGUUUUUGUCGACGCUUGGGUUUACCUGACUUCGACUCUCGGGCUGAGUAAUGGUGGCCUGGCGGGAUCUGUAUACAUUUAUAUCGGGUCCUUUAUCGGAUUUUUCACAUCUGUAGCAUCUAUGGCUGAAAUGGCCUCGAUGCUGGCUCUCGGUCUUGGGAUGGCAGGCUGCCUUCGCCAGCCUGGGUGGCCUACUUUAGGGUUGGCCUGUCUUGUCGGUCAAAUAAGCCCCAUCUUCUCAUUUCUUGGCCCCGAUGCCGCUACCCAUAUUGCUGAGGAAAUCAAAGAUGCUUCAAAGGUUGUACCAUGGUGCAUGAUUUCCACUGCCCUUAUAAAUGGCUCCCUUGGCUUCAUCAUGCUUAUCACCUACCUCUUCACCAUGGGAGACCUGCACGAGGUCAUUAAAGCCGAAUCCGGAUUUUCGUUCAUUACCGCCUUCUUGAACGCGACAGGUUCCAAGGCCGCAACCACCAGCCUAGGCAGCCUCCUGGUCGUUAUGGAGGCAUGCGCCGCCAUCAGUGUUUUAGCUACAGUGUCACGACAAACCUUUGCAUUUGCCCGUGAUAAUGCGCUUCCGUUCUCUCAAUUCUUCGCCCGUGUGCACCCAAAAUCUAAGGUCCCCGUUAACUCCAUCCUAGCCUCAACGGUUAUAACGAUUCUACUUUCACUCAUCAACAUCGGCUCAACGGAAGCAUUUAACGCGAUCGCCUCCCUCACAAUCGCGUCGCUUUUCAUGUCGUACCUCGUCUGUAUCGGUUGUUUUAUCUACCGCAGAUUGCAGUGGAGGAGAUACCGCCAGCACGCUUCAGCCUAG